AUGGGAAAAGAAGAACGACGCAACAGAAAAAAAGCAGGCAAUUCUAACAAUGUAGCUGUAACCGCAUCUGAUCACUACGAUCCAAACAUUGAUGACAUUCCAGAUUCAGAAAAGUUUCGUUUAAUUGAGCAAUCCGGUCUUUUCAAGGAUUUAUCUUCAACGCAACGUGAAAUACUUGAUCUUAAAUCGGAUAAAAAUUCGUCUUCCUCCAAGCUAGAAGUAAUACGUCAAGAUGAAGAACCACAUUUUGGCUGGGGAUUUCAAGCUAUUUUGUAUACUAUACCGCUUUGUUCUGUCUAUUCCGUAAUGGACAUUUUAAUUCAUAGACAAUUUAAUGAGGAUCCUACGUUUUGGCCCUUCUUUACUCGGGUAGUUAAAAUAGCGCCAAUUGUAUACUUAUUAGUUUACUUUACCAACAAAAAUCUCACGAAGCCUUGGCUUCAAUUUUUGAUGUUUAUUGGUUCAAUUGGGUGUGGUUGUCAUUUAAUUUGGGUUAUUAAUAAAGUUUCUUAUUUUGGCGUGAUGAGACGCUGCCCACCAUUGGCAACCUUAUGGAUUUAUUUCGUAGCUCAGUUGCGUUUGUUUCCGGCAGUCGUAAGUCUGAUUACAGUAUAUCUGUAUUUUCGUUUCGGCGAUCCACAUUUCAAAAUUUAA